AUGGAGCCAUUCCCGGACUCGCCCACAAUGAUGGGAGGUAGGAGGUGGCCGCGGACGCCUAUACCGGAUUCAGAAGUUGUGGAGCUUGAGCUGUUGAGGCCCAGCCACGGGUCUUCGACUGACGACGAAGGCCAUAACACUCAACCUCCAUCGGCUGAUGUGUCCCUGUUGACACAAUUGGAGGCGCGGGUAUGCAUCCCGCUCGAGACCCCUUUGAUCAGCAAGCCGAGGCCGAGGAGGUCCAGGACACCUUCAACGAUGUUGUCGGUGCGUCGGAGUGGGAGGCUUGCUGCUAAGGUCCAGGCACAAAAUGUACUGAAGCAAAAGCUAGGGAUCGCAGACAUGAAGCAGGGUCUAGAGCCUGCGGCCUUGGACAGUAUCAAGGCCUUGUUCGCUGAGCCGUUGUCGCCCUCCAAGUAG